AUGGGGGUGUUGUUCGCGAUGGGUUCUGCAGAUCAAGACCUUAACGACGCCGUGAAAACGGAAAACGAUCACUUCCACGACAUUAUCCAAGAGAACUUUUUGGAUUCGUACAAGAAUCUUAGUCACAAGGCAAUUAUGUGGCUAAAAUGGACGGCACUGUACUGUCCUCAGGCGUCGUAUGUUUUGAAAAUAGACGAUGACGUGUUCCUUGAGCCAUUCCGCCUACUUCGAGUCAUCAAGCUUUUGAACGAAAAGCACAACGGUUUGCGAAAGUCAAUCGCCUGUAUGAUAUGGGACGAGAUGGAUGUCAUCCGCGAGAAUACCAGCAAAUGGUAUGUUACGGACGAAGAAUAUUCUGAGGAUAUUUAUCCGCCGUACUGUUCCGGCAGUGCAUACCUGCUUUCUGCUGACUCAGUAUUUCCGCUUUAUCGCACAUCGUUGAAUAUGAAACUGUUUUGGGUGGACGACGUGUACGUGACGGGUAUACUCAGGUGGAAUAGCAACCUUGAGUUACAAAGUAUUGCUUCCACUUACACGCUGUCGUGUCGACAGCGCCUGAAAGAUUUUGAUGACGCAAAUCGCAUCUUCUGUCAUAUGCCUGGAAGUUUGGACAAAGUUUAUGAACUGUGGAAUUAUACUUUAAGAUUAUACGAUACUGAUCUGACUGGAAACAAAACUCGUCAUCUGCUCACUGCUAUUGGAGAUUCUUAA